GGGGGCGGGGGCGGGGCUUGCGAGGGCUGGGGACGCCGGCGUCGGGCGCCAGGUUUCCACAAUGUUUGCCCAGUGCACCUGGAAAUGUGCAAGCUCCAUGCUGCUGAUCGCUCUGCUGAGCUGCGUCCCUUCUCCUCCAGCACAAGCCAGCAAGAGCUCGGAGGACAUCCGCUGCAAGUGCAUCUGUCCCCCGUACCGGAACAUCAGUGGGCACAUCUACAACAAGAACGUGUCGCAGAAGGACUGCAACUGCCUACAUGUUGUGGAGCCCAUGCCGGUGCCUGGGAACGACGUGGAGGCGUACUGCCUGCUGUGUGAAUGCAAGUACGAGGAGCGCAGCACCACCACCAUCAAGGUGAUCAUCAUCAUUUACUUGUCCGUGGUUGGGGCGCUGCUGCUGUACAUGGCUUUCCUUGUGCUGGUGGACCCUCUGAUCCGGAAGCCAGAUACUUACACCCAGCCCCUGCACAACGAGGAGGAGAAUGAGGACACUCGCUCCUUGGCCGCGGCCCCCACCCCAUCCGGGGCCAGAGCCAACACGGUGCUGGAGAGGGUGGAGGGAGCCCAGCAGCGCUGGAAGCGCCAGGUGCAGGAGCAGAGGAAGACGGUUUUCGACCGCCACAAGAUGCUGAGCUAGAGGAGCAGCUGUGCGGCACCACUUCCUGAGAGGCAGGGCAGCUCAGCCGGUAGAGAUGGACAGCGAGCCACCCUUCAGGACAGCCGUGGUGCUGGACUGCGAGCUCUAACCCUCUCCGAUUUACCCUCUUUUUAGAGACGAGCAGGCCAAAGUGCUUGUCCCUGUUUUUGUCCCCUUACCCUUUACAUAAGGAGCCCCAGAGGCUCCUUAACCUUAGCUCAGCUGAGACCUGCGCUGCCUGCUGGCCCGUGGCUGCAUGAAAACGGCCGUGCGCAGUGCUGCCGCUCCGGUUCACGCGCUGGCCCGUGCGGGGGCUGCAGCUCCAGCCACAGUCUCCAUCAGCCCACACCCCGCGUUAGAGACCAGGGGUCUUGUGGAGUGCUGGGAGCUGGCUUACUGUUCCUGGGAUACUAAUGGGAUCAUUUAUGUGGAAGAAAUUACGUGGUGCUGCUCCAGGAUAAAGGAGCCACCUCCCUCGGUAGUUUGCACUGAUGAUAAUUGGGUGUUGUGGUGCUGAGACGUGUGUUGCACUGGGAGGACGAGGAGGGGGUCCCGGCCAGUCCUCAGCUGCUGCUUGCACGUACUCUGGUGUAACCUGAGUGGAUUUCCACCCUGCUCAGUGGAGUUUCUCCAGGCUUACACCAGCAUAACUGACAUUGCAGCUUGCUUCUGUGCAGAAAAAAACCUGAUUAGUACAUUAACAAGUAAAAGACCACCAGGUAAAAAUGCCGAUUUAUCUUUCUGUUUUCCUCCUUUAGCAGUGGAUAAAGAUACACUGGGGAGAAAGUUUUUUGAUUGGACCCACAUUUGUAAUGCUUGGUACUCACACAGUGCAUCAGGGGCAUUUGUGUCUAAGAGAACCAGGGCAAAGGCUUUACUGGAGCUCUGCCUGCCUGGGUCUCGUGCCCCUGGCCAGGUCACACCUAUGCUCCUCAGAAUUCUCAGAGACCUCUGACUACUGCUGCUGGUGGAGGAAAAUGAGGUGAUUCUGCAGCGUGUAUCCCAGUGAGAACAUGUAUAACGUCAGGAAGGUGCUGAAGUUUAUCAUGUAGCAUCUCUACAUUAAACGCGGAAAAAGACCUA